AUGGAUGGCCAUGAUCAUCCAACUGGGGAGAUUCUACUGUGGGACCAUAGGAGCUCGGUGGUGACACCAGAAGAGGAUGUGUUUUACUUGGUGGCAUUUCUGAGAUCAGCAUUGGAUACUGAGACACUGGAGUACCUUACUAAUCAGAACCGUCAGAUUCUGGGAUUCUGCCAUGGUUCGGAGAUCAAGGUGAAACAGUACCUGCCCCAUUACACUACGCAGCAGGAGUGGAUGGACCACUUCGGAGAUAAGUGGACCCGAUUCAAUGCCAGGAAGAUGCAAUUCGAUCCUCGCAGAAUCUUAGCCACAGGCCAGCAAAUUUUUCAAUUUCAUCCAUCAUCAUCCUUCACCACGGAGGAGGAUGAUAUUUAA